UGCUUAGAGAGUAACAACAAAUCAUCUACCGAAAUGAAAAUAUUAAUUAUCCUACAACUGACAAUUCUGGCAAUCGCAACAGCUGGCAGACACUCUUACAAAACUAAAACAACUUCUUUAUUGCAACCUAUUCAACGCCAAUCUUCGGUAUACUCUGGACUCAGAACAGUACCAUCCAAAAAUGUAGGCAUUGAUGGUAUUAGUGUACAUUCUAGUUCAUAUUCUGUGUCAUCUCCAAAUGGAGUACCAAAAACCUUUGGCUACACAAGUCAUUCGCUUCAAACAGCUGAUGGAAGAAUCAUAACUACUUAUCAAACAAAACCAGGCUCACGACCAAUAACUAAGGUAUAUAAACUACCAAAAGGAUUAGGUGUAGGUAGCACUGGCAUAACAAAUAUUCAGACAUAUUCUGAUCCAACAUUUAAUGGAAUUGCUGUUGCAAGCGCGGGAUCAUUUGGUGUUCGCUGAAUGUUAAUAAAUAUUUAAUAUAAAAUCUUGGUGUGUUAUAUGUU